AUUGACCGGCACAUGUUUUUAUUCAAAUUCUUUGUUUUGAUCUGGCUGCUAGCUGCGACGUGUUCGUUUCCUCGAAACAUUUAAGAUACUUUUGCACCUUGGGAUUAUGAACAGUUUUCUCUAGAAUGGAUCCAGAAAGGCUUCAAAUAGUUGACAUUGUCAACAAAAUAUUUGGUGAAUCGGGUUGGAGUUUCAGUAUUUCUAAUGUCGCCGUUGAUUAUAUUGAUGACAGCCGCUCAGGAAAUUAUUCUGCUGGUGCAUCUGCUGUAGUACGGGUUCAGCGUUCCAAUGGGGUUUUUCGAGAAGACAUUGGAUUUGGAUCAAAUUGGGGCCCUAACAAAGCUGAUGUUAUUGCAAAAGCUAAGAAGGAUGCUGUUACAGAUGGUUUAAAAGGUGCUGUAAUUAAUUUCGGAGGUGACAUGGCUCGACAAGUGCACUCAGUAACUCCAAGAAAAUCUAUGACUGAAAAUUUAAGGGUCUCGUCAGGCCUCCAAGGCCCUAGCUUAAUAGCUCAGUCAAAUGCUCAGCCUGCUAACCAACACAAUGGCAAAGCAACCAGCCCUUCUCAAGCACCUGUUCUAAAAAGUUCAGUUUCUAGGUCUUUAGGUAUGGAAAUCUUUUAUCUUUUUGAUUUUUCACCUUUGCUGAUGGCAAAUUUGUUUGAAUUCUACCUCAAGAUAUUGUUUAUCUUUUCCAACUUAGCUCCCACUAAACAACCUCCUGUGCCUCAACCUACAUCCCCCCUUGCUGUUGCAUUACCACGCCAACCUCAGGCUUCAACGGUUUCCAAAAACACAUUGUCGGAAGAGGAAUUGGCUAAAAUGGAGAGGAUAAAGAGGCAGCAACAACGCAAGGAAGAAUUUCUAAAGAAACAUCAACUUGAGCAAGCGCAAGCUCAGUCAAAAUCUCAAGACAAGGGAACUACUCAACAGUCAAGUCGAGAACCUCUUAAAGAACAGCAAUCUCGGAAUCAACCGAGUUCUUCAUCGAGAGGUAAUGGACCAAAUGGAUUGAUAGAAGCGGAUGAUGAAGUAAUGCUCUCCACUCAGGACAUGGAAGCCAUUUCAGCUAUUGCUGCUAAUAACACAACAAAUAUUUCUAGGCAUUCUCCUAUGCUUUCAUCCCCUUCCAUAACAAGAAAUGUUGGCUCAGAGCCUGCUAAACCACAGCCUACUAGACCCAGCAAGCGACCAGACCUGAAUAAUUUUGCAUUUAAUCCAGAGAAGAAGCAAAGAAGUUAACAGAAUAGGUAUUAGCUUCUAUUGUAAAUGAUCGUCAUGUAAAUAAUGAGGUUCUUUUUUUGAGUUUUUCACUCAUAAAUUUAACUUGGUGUAUCAAUGAGUAUCAAUGAUUUUCAAUUCUAUGUGAAAACCAUUAAAUUUGAGAUUCUUGUUGAUAGAUGAUAAGAGACAAAA